AUGUCUACCUUCAUUGACAACUCUGCGCAUUUCACAGCGAACCCUUUGAGCAAAAUUAUUAUAUCAUUUAAAGGUGUUUGCGCUAUUUGCAAUUUCGACUAUUCGCCACGUAAACUUGAUGAAAAUGAUGACCUACAAAGUUUACAAGUACCUCUGGAGAGUCUGAUGAUUUCUCUUUCUUAUUAUGCUCUAAAUAACUCCGUACCAUCAUCAACAAAUGCAGACAUGGAUAUCCGCCUUAGUUCUAUUCAGAAACGACUAGCUUUACAUAGUUUUCAAUUGACUUCUUUCAUUCCAUUAAUCAAUUCCAUAACAUCAAAUGCUACAGACAUCGAAGUAUGGAAUGAAGUGAUCGAACUUGUCGACACCCACGAGCCAAUGCAAUCGCCGGAGACCAAUCUUCCUUCUGCCAAGCAAGGUGGUGCGCGUCACAGGCGGUGUACGGCCCCAUACGAAGGUGCCGACUGGAUCACGGAAACGUUGAAAGAAGCGCGUCGUACUGAGCUGGCCGGUACUAUUUUCGAAAAUGUCGGCGGAUUUUACGAAAAGUAUUUUGUGGGAAAGACCUGGGCCGGCCAGUGUAAGGAAAUCGCCAAGCGCUAUGAGAAUAGGCCAGAUAAAUCGACGUUCAAGUUUCCCAAGGAUCCCACAGAGAAGAAUGUCUGGCAAUGGAUAAAGGAAGUCCAAGCUGAGUUCAUCGAGCCAUACAAGCCCGAUGAGUCAGGUGAAAGUAAGGACAACUUCCCCCUGCGAGCCGAUACAUUUCAUACGACUGGACCCAAGCAGAUCAAAGGAGGACUAGCCAUUCGAAAGAUUGAUAUCUUCAUCAAGAGUCGAGAAAAAGCUGCAAAGGCCCUUGAUUGGCGAGAUGUUCUUGUUUUGGGAGAGCUGACUGAGCUUUCUUCUGCACACUGGGUCGACAAGUUUCUCCAGCUCUCGGUCUACAUGCGGGAGAUAUUUUCGGCACAGCCAUUGCGGCAAUUUGCGCACGGGUUUCUCAUGUUCGGGACGCAAUUGCAGCUGUGGAUCUCGUGGAGAGCAGUCGGGCGACUGUCAGAAGUUGAACUUUUGAUGAGAGCACGCAACGUGAGGGGAGUGGCAACACUAAUUGGGUCACGGAAUCACGUCAAGAUUAGCGACCUUCGAAGCUGGCUCAAUUUUACGGAAGAAAUGAACAGAGAUAUCCAUCCCCUGGAGAUGAAGAUGACAACGGCUGGUAACUCUCUACAAUCAGGAUCGUUUAAUCCGGAUGGAAACGUCGAGUUAAGCAAGGGUGUCAAACGUGAUAGCGAGUCGGUUGCCGGUGGGGCCAACAAAAAAUUGCGGAGAAGCGAAAGAUCGUGUGUCUUGAGUAUUUCGAGGCAAGCUCUUCUCAAUGCUUCAAAGGCGCGUGUACGCAAAAAUGGCAAGUCGACUGGCUCGCGAAAGAAACCUGUGUCGAAAACCGUUCCCAAUCCUGCAACAACCAACACCAAUGCCGUGACCCAAGAUGUGACUCCAGAAACCCCUUCAGUUCCAAUAAACUUGGCUGCCGAAAGUAGCUACAGUGUCGCCGAGGGAUCGAACUCGUCUUUAGGUAAACGGCCCAGGAAUGCAGAUGAGACUGAUGUCGAAGUCCAGACGGUAUCGGAGCCUAAUCUGAAGAGAUUCUGCAUUUCGAGAAAUGUUGGGGAGUCUUUGUCGGAAGCCGUAGCUAAACCUGUGUCCAAUCAGAUUACUAACGAUCCAAGUGCUCCAGCUGAACAGGCCGUUGAUAAUGCCGAAUCGGUUCCUGCAGUCAGUAAUGCAGAUGUCAUCAUGGCAGACGACUCAACGGUUUAUCGGAAUCGUUGGGAAACAGUCAUUGCCGCCAAACCCUUCGGUCGAGCCAUUGACGAGAAGACAACAGCUGUGGAACUGAUCUGCGGCCUACGAGAUGCGAUUAAGGGUCAUCAAUCAUUGUAUAUGGAGACUAAGAUAUUGCACCGCGAUAUUUCGAUGAACAAUAUCAUACUCACCGAUCCGAAACGCAAUGAUGGAUGUCAUGGGGUGUUGAUAGACUUGGACUUGGCAAUAUCGCUAACGGAUGACGACUGUUCCGAAAGCUCGAAAACGUUAACUGGCACAAUGGAGUUUAUGGCUAUCGGGCUCUUGAAGGAAUAUACUUAUCCAUCGAAUGGCAAGUUUACCCAUACUUAUCGACACGACCUGGAGUCUUUCUUUUUUGUACUCAUUUCAGCAUGCAUACGUUUCGGGUGGGGUAAGAAUGAGUCACCUCAUAUUGAAACAAUAAGGAAAUGGUAUAAGGGCUUUGAGGACACACUUCUGAAAGCAUUCUCGUCUAAAUUUGAGUGCUUGAAAGACCUAGCGACAACUUUGCGGAAGAUUUUGUUUGAGAGACAGAAAACUAUAUGGAUAGCAACAGACCCUCGUCCAUUAAAUCUCUAUAACUCGAUACUGAAGGCUUUCGACGAUGAAAUUGUCAAAAUGAAAUGUAAGUCAUGA